UUGGUUCGUUGUUGGCAAACGGGCGAGCCGGCAGACACGACGUCACUUCCUCAAGUUGUUUCCAUUUGUUUGUGACAAACGCCAGUAGUUAUCUGGUACCUAACACCCCAAAGAUAACGUUGCUGUUGUAAUUCUACAGGAUGCCGGGGUGUAAGAAGCGUUACCCUUGUUUUCUAUGAAGUACUGCACGGAAGAUACGCAGCAAAGAUAGUUAGCAGCUUUCAAACGACUUAGCAUUAGCAAAGACAGGAAAACGUGCGUUCGCAACAGAAGUAGUUGGCCAGCUAAGGUUAGCUAGCUAGUUUAGUUUGAUUGGCUACGACUGUAGUUAGGUGCCUUGGUUCUGGUACCGCCCGGGUCGCAGCGUUGGCUACUGCUUGCUCACUAUCAACUGAUGGAGUGCCCUCAUCUGAACUCAAACCUGAGCUGUGCUGUCGAUUCCUCCAGGUUCCCCAACGGCGCUCCGUCCUCCUGGUGCUGCAACGUUUGCAGGUCUAACAAGAGCCCAUGGAUCUGCCUCACCUGUUUGAUGGUUCACUGUGGAAGAUAUGUGAAUGGACAUGCAAAGAAACACUUUGAGGAGAGCCAGUCCUUUGGCAUUAGCCAAAGGAAAGGUGAGAAGCAAGAGAAGGAGAAAUCCCAUCAUUCUGUCUGCAUGGACUGCAGCAACUACAGUGUAUUUUGUUACAGAUGUGACGACUUUGCUGUCAAUGACACCAAACUCGGACAGGUGCACAAGGUGAGGGAGCAUCUUCAAAGUCUAGAACACUCAGCAUUGAUGGGUGAGCGGCAAAGGAAGAGAAAACUCCAGGAAGGUCCUGCUGCAGAUAACAAAGUGUUGAAGGACAAUGAUGGAGCCGCUUUAGGUGCUACAGGUCUGAGGAACUUGGGCAACACAUGCUUCAUGAACGCCAUUCUCCAGUCUCUGAGCAACAUUGAACAGUUCAGCUGUUUUUUCAAGGAGUUGCCUGCGGUGGCUCUACGCAGUGGUAAGACAGCAGGAAGAAGGAUGUACCACACCCGCAGCCAAGGGGACAACAGUGUGUCUUUGGUGGAGGAGUUUAGGAAAACUCUUUGUUCCCUGUGGCAAGGGAAUCAGACCGCCUUUAGUCCAGACUCCUUAUUUUAUGCCAUAUGGAAAAUCAUGCCGAGUUUCAGGGGGUAUCAGCAGCAGGAUGCUCAUGAGUUCAUGCGUUACUUGCUGGACCACCUCCACAGGGAGCUGCAGUGCAGUCGUAAUGGGGCGUCUCUCUCAGUCUCACCUCAGGAUGGGGUCAGACUCUCCACCACUGAGAGCAAAUGCUGCAUAAACGGAACUUCCAGUGUUGUCACAUCCAUUUUUGGUGGUAUACUUCAAAAUGAAGUCAACUGCCUGAUAUGUGGAACAGAAUCACGUAAAUUUGAUCCAUUUCUUGAUUUAUCCUUAGACAUUCCCAGCCAGUUUAGACAAAAACGAAGUAAGGACCAAGAACCAGGUCCGGCAUGCACCUUACGUGACUGUUUACACAGCUUCACUGACCUGGAAGAACUUGAUGAAACUGAGCUGUAUUACUGCCAUAAAUGUAAAAAGCGACAGAAAUCAACAAAAAAAUUUUGGAUCCAGAAGCUGCCAAAAGUUUUGUGCCUGCACCUUAAAAGGUUUCACUGGACAGCAUUUCUGAGAAACAAGGUGGACACCUACGUAGAGUUUCCACUGAUAGAUCUGGACAUGAGGGGUUUCUUACUUGAGCCAGAGAUUUCAUUACCAGGCAGUUGCGUCUAUGACCUUGUUGCUGUUGUAGUACAUCACGGCUCUGGGGUUGGGUCAGGCCAUUAUACAGCAUAUGGCAGCCAUGAGGGCCGCUGGUACCACUUCAAUGACAGCACAGUGACUCUGACCAGUGAGGACACGGUGAGGAAGGCCAAGGCUUAUAUCCUCUUUUAUGUGGAGAGGACUGGUCAAGGUCCUGGAGACAGAACCGCCACGAACAGCACGCCCGCAAGACCAGCGGCCGCGGACACGGCGCCCACGGGCAGUGCUUCCUCAGGAGCGGUCGCUCUGGACAAGGUUGCCACAAACAGUGUUUUGAUGGAUGCAGCAGCCUCACAAAUGGUAACCUUGAAUGAGAAAGCGCCAGAUAACGCCACCCCGCAAAGUGCAGGCGGUGACCGGGCUGCACCGGAACAAGCUGCCACCGCCUCUGUGGCGGCGGCAGACAUGGAUACCUCAGACAAGGCUGCACCGGGGGAAGCUAGCCAAGCUGCACAGACUGUUGGACAAUGAUUCUGUCAUCCUUACUGCCUCAGAGCAGCUCCUCACUCCACGUCGGCUUCACCUCAAUCACAUUUAUCACAGUGCUUGAUUAUGAUAGUUAAUUUUCACAUUUAUCGUACGUGCAGCUGUUUCGUUUCGGUGAUCUGCAUGAUGGGAUCACGUGUACUUUGCUGCUUGAUUUUUAGUAUGACUUUCGUUGUGCAUUUAUUUCCUCGAUGUUGUAAUCCUCAGAUGAGGUAGACCUCACCACAUGUCAUAGAUUCCAAAGGUGAUCGUUUCAAGUAAUAAAGUAAAGCUUUAGCCUUGGAAAACCUCAGAUGGUCCAACGUUUAGCUUAGACUGACGAGAGUCUUUGUCAACACACUGUCGUAAACAAUAUUUGAAAUUUCUGAUGUUUUACGUUUCCAUAAGUUUUCUACUCCCAAUGUUUAAAAGCCCUUUGCAUAUGUUUUAUUAUAUAUUAGUGGAGGUUUUAGGAUUUAGAAUGCAAUGCAUUUACUGACUGACAAGUGCUCAUUAGGGCGAUAGAAAGCUGUUUUAACUUCAUGACCACAACCAAUGUGAAAGAAACGACCAUUCUGAAAUAGUUUUGUCUGUAUCGGUGCAACAUUUUCAUGAUAUAAAGUGGAUUUAAAUGCUAACCCCAGUUGCUUUUUCUUUUUCCAACAUGUUUUAAGAAAAUGACAAAAUAUACCAGAGAACCUGUUUUUUUAAAGUUUGCUGGGUUUUUUUGUUUUUUUUUUGUCCAAAAACAAUAAAUGUUUUAUUCUGUGUA